CAUUUUUACGCGCCUUUUUUCUUCUUCUCUGCAGUCGAAGCCAAUCUUUCACAAAUGACAAGUGCGAGCAUGAUUGUUGAUCGCAAGACACAACGCUACGACCGUCAGCUUCGCCUGUGGGGCGACCACGGCCAAGCUGCCCUUGAAUCCGCCCGCGUCUGUCUCAUCAACGGCUCGGCCACUGGCACUGAAAUUCUCAAAAACCUCGUCUUGCCUGGAAUCGGAUCAUUCACCGUCAUUGACAGCGAGAAGGUCUCCGGAGCCGACGUCGGCAACAAUUUCUUCUUGGAUGCCGACAGUAUUGGCCAGUCGCGCGCCCGAGUCGUCACCGAGUUGCUGCAGGAGCUCAACACGGAUGUGUCUGGCAACUUUGUCGAAGAGCCUCUUCAAUCGUUGCUCGACAACGAUGUCGAGUUCUUCCGCCCCUUCACCCUCAUGAUUGCGACCCAGCUCUCCUCAAAAAUGCUGGCGCGGGUCUCGGAGGUGUGUGUCAAACUUGGCAUCCCGUUCCUUGCUGUGCGCUCGUAUGGCCUGAUUGGCUACCUUCGACUUCAAAUCGGAGAACACUGCGUCAUCGAGUCGCACCCCGACAGCCCGAUGGAUGAUCUGCGCCUGGAUCGCCCGUUCCCAGAGUUGCUGUCGUAUUUACAGCAGAUUGACUUUAACACGCAGGAUGGCUUCCAGCAUGCGCACAUCCCGUUCCUGGCAAUCCUCUUGAAGCAUCUCCUCGAAUGGAAGGCAUCGCAUGGCGGGUUGCCGCCAAAGACGAGCAAAGACAAGGACGAGUUUCGUGCUGAAAUUCAACGCGCGCGACGCAUCAAGGAAGACGGCAGCCGAGCCGAAGAGGAAAACCACGAUGAAGCCAUUACUCACGCCACCAAGGCUUGGCAUGUGUCAUCCAUUCCGUCGGAAAUCUCAGCCCUGUUCGCCGAUUCCAACGUCGACAACUUGACCGCCACAUCUUCACCAUUCUGGAUCAUGGUGCGCUCGUUGCGCGACUUUGUGAUGGCUGAAGGCGAGGGGUUGCUUCCCCUCCGUGGAUCAAUCCCCGACAUGGCUGCCGAUUCCGAUCGAUACAUUCGACUGCAGCACGUCUACCAAGAGCGCGCCAAACACGACGUGGCUGCAUUCACGGCACAUGUGCACCGUCACUUGGCUGAGCUGGGCCUGCCCCUUGGCACCAUUUCGGACGACGAUGCCAAAACUUUCUGCCGAAAUGCGCCCUUCCUUCGCGUAAUUCGCGCCAGACCGAUUUCGGACGAGCUAGCAUCCGCAACCAGCAAGCUCACCGACACCCUGAACUUCCACCUCGAAGACCCAGACAGCUCCGUUGCAUUCUAUGUCCUGCUGCGCGCUGUUGAUCUCUUCUUCGAAGAGCAUGGCCGCUUCCCUGGCGCAGGGGACGACCAGGUGGAAGAGGAUAUCGCCCCGCUCAAGCAAUAUGUUGUGGGCCUCCUCACCGACCUUGGCGUGUCACAGCAUGCCAUCAAGGAAGAGUUGAUUCACGAAAUGUGCCGGUUUGGAGCCGCUGAGCUGCACAAUAUCGCGUCCAUUCUGGGAGGCUUGGCAUCUCAAGAAGCCGUCAAGGUGAUUACUCGCCAGUACAUUCCCUUCAACAACACCUUCCUCUUCAACGGCAUCACCUCGACCUCUUCGACGGUUGAACUUUGAAGUGCGUGCUCCUGUUUCUUGCUGGGUGCAUGUGUGUGUUUUCGUGGCAAUGUUGAAACAAGUUACAUCCAAAUUUCACCAGUCAC